AUGGGCAGAAGGAGAGCCAUAAAGUGUGGUGUUUUGGGACGGGGAGGUCAUUGGACAGCAGGCGAGGCAGCUGCCUUCGAGGGGACAGUGCAGAAAGCGACCGAGUUCUUUCGGUUGGGUGGAGGAGCAGCAGUGCCCUGUGACUGUCCCGGUUCACCCGUCGGCACUGAGGAAGUGAGGACACUCCGUGGAGAUGUUGCGUUUGGCGGCACGGCUAAGGCGGCCGGUCGGUAUGACCCGGGCCGCGUCUCGGCCUCCUCCGGCGGGUCCCCCGCCUUCUCCAGCGGCUUUGAAGCCGUGCGUGCGCGCCCCCCUAGCCGGGCUGCGCUACGUGUCCGGCGGCGGCCCGGCGGCUGUGUUGAGCGCCGUGACCGCGGAGAGGAGGCUCUUUCUUCAGGGCGAGCAGGCGGUGGGAACCUGUCACAAGCGCUUCUACAGCUUACCUCCUCACCAGAAGGUGGAGUUGCCUGCUCUGUCACCCACAAUGCAAAUGGGCACCAUUGCACGGUGGGAAAAAAAGGAAGGCGACAAGAUCAACGAAGGAGACCUCAUAGCAGAGGUGGAGACGGACAAAGCGACAGUGGGCUUUGAGAUGCUGGAAGAGUGCUAUCUGGCCAAGAUCCUGGUUCAGGAGGGCACUAGAGAUGUGCCAAUUGGAGCAGUGAUCUGCAUCACUGUGGAUAGCCCUGACCUCAUACCAGCCUUUAAGGACUACACCCUGGACAAGGCAACAGCUGCUCCUUCCCCGGCUGCAGCACCAACCCCGCCACCUCCGCUGCCGCCCUCUCCAGCUGCUGCGGCUCCUCAGGCCCCUGGGAGCUCCUACCCCCCACACAUGAAGGUACUUCUGCCUGCCCUCUCACCCACCAUGACUAUGGGCACUGUGCAGCGCUGGGAGAAGAAGGUGGGAGAAAAGCUCAGCGAAGGUGACCUGCUUGCCGAGAUUGAGACGGACAAGGCCACCAUCGGGUUCGAGGUGCAGGAGGAGGGCUACCUGGCCAAGAUCAUAGUGCCCGAAGGGACUCGCGAUGUCCCCCUAGGGACUCCUCUCUGCAUCAUCGUGGAGAAGGAGUCUGACAUCAAGGCAUUCGCUGACUACGUUGAGACAGGCGUGGCUGAAAUAAAGGCCCCGCCUCCUACUCCAGCACCCACAGCCGCUGCUCCGGUGGUGUCCCCAUCUCCUUCUGCACCCGUUACCCCCGGGCCAACUCCCACCCCUGCUGCCCCUGUAGCCACGAGGAAGGGCAGGGUGUUUGCCAGCCCUCUAGCCAAGAAGUUAGCUGCCGAGAAAGGAAUUGACCUGGCUCAAGUGACUGGGACAGGCCCAGAUGGCAGAGUGACAAAAAAAGACAUUGAGAUCUUCGUCCCACCCAAAGUGGCCCCGGUUGCAGCGGCAGCCCCCAGCACUCCUACUCCUCCCAGGCCUGCAGCUGCCCCUGCUGUUGCAGCCGUGCCCACGGGGACCUUCACAGAUAUCCCCAUCAGUAACAUUCGUAGGGUUAUUGCUCAGAGGCUGAUGCAGUCCAAGCAGACCAUCCCGCAUUACUACUUGUCUGUGGACAUUAACAUGGACCAAGUGCUGGGGAUGAGGAAGGAGCUCAAUGAGGCAGUCAAGGAGGAUAACAUCAAGCUCUCAGUGAAUGAUUUCAUCAUCAAGGCUUCUGCUUUGGCCUGCUUGAAGGUGCCGGAGGCAAAUUCCUCCUGGAUGGAUACAGUGAUCCGUCAGAACCAUGUGGUCGACGUUAGUGUGGCUGUCAGCACACCCAGCGGUCUCAUCACUCCCAUUGUUUUCAACGCACACAUCAAGGGCCUGGCUGCCAUCAGCAGAGAUGUCAGCUCCUUGGCCACCAAGGCACGUGAAGGCAAACUGCAGCCGCAUGAGUUCCAGGGUGGCACCUUCACCAUCUCCAAUCUUGGUAUGUAUGGCAUCAAAAACUUUUCGGCAAUCAUCAACCCACCACAGGCCUGCAUCUUAGCUGUGGGUAGUUCUGAGAAGAGACUGCUGCCGGCAGACAACGAGAAAGGGUUCGAUGUGGCCAGCAUGAUGUCUGUGACGCUGAGCUGUGAUCACAGGGUAGUGGACGGUGCAGUGGGCGCUCAGUGGCUGGCAGAGUUCCGCAAGUUCCUGGAGAGACCUAUCACCAUGCUCCUGUGACGUGGCAGUGUCACCUUGUGACCCCUGACCCCAACAGAGGACACCUGGAUAAGUCAGCCUUGUGUACAGCAUAUGCACUCUCCCUCAAAUGUGUACCUUUUUUCCUUUAUCCCUUUAUCUCUCUAUCUCAUACACGCACAUAUAUACCAGGCUUGACCCGUUAAGCUUUAACAGGAGCCCAAAUUGAAACAGGUGGGAAGAGGUGUCAAUAUUUAGGUCAAUGUGUGCGUGAUUAAAAUGGUGUUGAAUUCAGAAUAUUACUAGUUAAUAGUCUUUAAAAAGAUGUUACAGACUGUCGCAGUCCUGUUUUUCAGCCUGGAGUCAUAGCGUUAUUUAUGGGUGGGGGGGGGGUAAAAAGAAUCUUUCAGUCUCAUGGUGUGUUGUCCUCUGUUCAGAGAGGUGUGCUACUUCAGGUGCGGAGUGGGUUUGCUGUUAGUAUUACAGCUGCCGCUCAGCAAUGUUAAUUCACCUGAAGUUCCGGGCGCUGCUGGAGAGACUGGUGUAUCAACGUUCAGGGACACCCUCAUGUUGAGUUGAUGUGUGCCAAAGGAACAAGGGACAUUAAAAGAAAUGGUUUUUGUUUUUAUUUUUCCUGAGCAGUCUGCUAGUACACAAGAGACUGACUGGUUUCAGCAUUUGUCACAAGUCCUGUGUACAUACCUGUCAUGGUCUAGAGUCCGUCUUAUUUUAGGUUGUUUUUGCUUGUGUGGACACUGCCCAUUACUACUCUUGUGCUGAGAAAUGGCUUGUUUUGCACCUGGGCUGCUCUCUUAGGAACCACCAGCCAGUCAGUGUCAGCCUGUCAGUUUUCCCCUUUCACUCCAGACAAAGCACAGCAGUGCCUUGUUGUAUUAUUAUGGCUGUUUCUUUCUGAACUCAGCACAUGGUCACACAAAAAGCCAAGAGAAACAAAGUAGAUUAGCAAUCUUGUUCCUAAUCGAUUUGGAAAAGAUGUGUGUGAGUGGAAGAGUCUUCUGUUUUCUAUCAACAGGAUAAGUUCUCUAGCCUUGUAACAAAGUAAGGUUUAAGACCAUUAUAAGGGAAAUGGGAAUGGUUAGAUAAAUUUGUUUUGGUGGUGGGACACUCCCCCUUUUGUUUUUUUGCACUUACAGUUUUUCACUAUAGGUGGAUAUGUCUUGGUCUACUAUAUGCAUGUGCUGCUUGACUUAAAGUCACUGUUAGAAGCUGCCAUUAAUCAUUCUGUGAUUACUAAACUGCAGAAAUAUCCUUUGACAAGGUUGUUUAUAAGGAUUGUGUACUUGUUUAUUCACCUAUGCUGUCAUGGCUGGAGACUUGGUUAAAGGUAGAGCUGAGUGUACUGGUAGAUACCCUGGUCAGGAAAAAUACUGUCCCUAACCCUUUUCCCUGAGACAGUCUAUCUGUUAACCCCAGUCUUUUUGCUCCCUCUUUAUUCAUACACUGUCCUGCUUAAUAGCAGGCUAUCUGAAAUCUGAUGUACUAAGACAGGUAAUCCAAGAAAAAAUUAGUUUCUCCUAUCAUGCUUUGCAUUGUCACAUUUAAAGAGAAACCAUCGCCAGACUCGGGAUACAAAUUACUUUGGACUCAAGACCACUGCAGGCUGGUUUGUAAACAGCAAUCAGUCCGUGUGUAACACAUUUUUGCUGCUUCAUGGUACAAAUGGCAAAAAAUGCUCUUCAUAUAUAAAAUGUGGAUGAAUUAUUUUU